AUGAGUUUGAAAGAAUUAGAGCCUCAAGUUCUAGAGGCUCUGGAUGCAGAACUACAAUAUCAGGCAGAGGAGAUAGUGGGAAUAGAGGACAAUGCAGUGACGUACCAUAAACGUCUGCCGCAGAUAAUUCGAGAAUCGACGCUUCUUCCAUCGCCGAUUGCCACAGCUGUUAGCCUGGUAACGAGGUCAUCUUCUCUUUAUAUUCGACUUGGUACAUUCAUAGGGGGCCUUGCUAUAGAUGGUGCACGAGUAACAACACUCACCGGGCUAGAAGUCAGUAGAGCUAUUAUCGAGGGAAUACUACAUCGUGCUGGAAAGGACGUUGCAAAUCGAAGUACUGGGGAAUUAGGAAAGUUGGAAGCAGAAGGGCUAUUGGAACGAAGUAUUGCGAAUUUACACGCCACUAUUACAGGAAUAUCAUUCGCUGCUUCUACUAGUUUUCAUUUUUCUUCUGUAGCUUUGUCUUCAGCUACAGACAUUUCACAACAGUUACUUGGUACACUGGAUUCAAUUCUUGGUUCGACUGAUUCUUCGAGAGCAAUAGCAAGCAUCAUUACAUUGAUUCGCCGAGAGUUUCAGAACCCCGCCACAGGAGUGGAAGGAGAAAAGGUUGGUGUAGGAGAUCUUUUGUUGGGUAUUUGUGGGUUGGCACUAUUACAAAGAUGGUGUCGCAAAUUGACCGAUUUGGAAUGUCGAGAAAACAAACACGAGGAGGUUCUUUGGGAUGUGGUUGUACUUGAUGAUGGCCGGCGAGCGGAUGUGGUUGGUAUGAUAUCAGGAGAUUCCCCCAAUAUUCAAAGAGAUCCCACCAAAUUGUCUUUCAUGAAUACAAGAGGUGGUGAACUGUUAGAGACGAUUGAAAGAGAGGAGUCAAGUCGAGCUGAUGAUGGGGAAGACAAGGUAGAGAGUGUAUUGAGACAGAGGCUAAUCAAGUCUCUACCUUCUGAUGCCUCUGUUUCUAUCACGACCUCUACCAUCACAACAACCAUAAAAACAAUCACCGUGGAAGUUUCAGGAUUCGAGCCUCCUGUUUUUCUGCCACCUCCCGGCGUGGAGAUACUGGAAGAACAUGCUAUUCGUCUUGAAAAUGCGGACCUAAUCAGAGGGGGCAAACAACCAGAAAUUACACCAGUACCGAGAUAUAGAGUCGUGUAUGGAAUAGUAGGAAAUAGAUUGCGAAAUACGAGUGUCGCAGAACAAGAAUUACUGCAAGCCAUUGAGAAGAACGUGGAAAGUGAUAAUAGUUUAGGCGAUGACCAGGACUGCGACGCUCCCGGCAGUGUCGCCUAUUCAAAUAUACCCAAAGCGACUUAUAUCGACGAUGGUUCGCCUAUACAAGAGGGAUACUCGCCCGUCGAUCCUCGCCGAAGAACUACUGGUAACAAAUCAAAAAUGCCCAGGCUAUCACUUCCUGGUGUUUUGGAUGAGAAAUGUAUAGUAAUUGCGGAAAUGUCUUCUUUGGUUUCGGACAACUUGGCAAAUCAAAAGAGAUCAAGAAAGCCUAUCAGCCCAACAUCAUCAGAUGAUAGUUCUAAACAGAUUUUCCUCAAGCCGAUUUCGAACAAUCAAAUAUCUAAAAAAUCGAAGACCGAUGAAACAACGGUGGAAAGACAAGAUAAGAAAAAUUCUUUUCGCCAGGCCUUGAAGGGAAGAUCAAGUACCAAGUUAUCCAAUCUGUUCAACAAAGAUGAAGGUAAAGAAGACAGCAAACCUAAACUUCCACCUCGACCUCGUCCAACAUGGGGAGAUCCCACUCAUGCAUCAAUAGUUAGAUCUACCUCAGCUCAUCUAUCAAUUCCACAGAAGCGGUCAAGGAGUACUGCAGGCUCCUCAACACCAGUGCGUGGAAAUCAGGCCCCAUUGACAUCGGAAAAUCUUGAUAAAAUUCAGCCCGAUCUACCACGCACUCCCUCUAGAACCAGCUAUUACACGGUUCACGAACAACGAAAAGAUUCAAUGGUUUCUCAAACUGACACUUAUUCAAUCCACUCUUUUGACCAAGGCCGUCCUCAUUCCCCAGUAACACCGAAGAAUCGUUACAUGGGCCAGAAUAAUGCUAUGAGGUUCCGAUCGGAGAGGGGUAUGACCCUCGAAAAUCCACUCUUGACACCCAAAAGCCAUCGACGCACACAUUCAAAUGAAGAAAGUAUAUUUACAUUGAACACAAACAAUUCAGAGAUUUGUCUCAUCCCAAAUUUUGGAAGAGAAAAGGGUAUAUUUGAAGGUGGGGAAGCAUUAGAUUCCCUGAUGCGGACUGGCAAGAUCGAUGGCACUUUUCCAAAGCGGCAUAUCAUACAGAACAUUACCCGUUUCGUCAAAUUCGCAUCUGCUUCUUACGGCUCCAAUUUUCUUCGAGUAAUGGGGAUCUCGGAUCCUAGUACAAGACAAGAGCUUAAUGCUAUACAUCAUUUUGAACAUCAAUCAUUUUCGUCUCAUACACAACUGCCUGCCGACACUAUUCUUCUUUCUUCAUUUGUGGAUCCUCAAGGUGGGACUGAUUCUAGUGGACUCACAAAUACUGGUGUUCCAAUGGUUCAUUAUGUAUCACUAGAUCAUCAAUCACAAGCUAUAGUCCUCACAUGUCGUGGUACUCUAGGAUUUGAAGAUGUUCUCGCCGAUAUGACUUGUGAUUAUGAUGAACUGGUUUGGCGUGGUAAAGCUUACAAAGUCCAUAAAGGGAUUCAUGCAUCUGCCCGUAGGCUUCUUCAUGGCGGUGGAGGCCGUGUUAUGGCCACAAUAAAAGCAGCACUUGAGGAAUUUCCAGAUUAUGGUCUGGUUAUGUGUGGGCAUUCAUUAGGUGGCGGUGUAAGUACUUUGUUGGCUAUAAUGGUUUCCGAACCUGCUGGCUAUGGCACGUCAUUCGUUACUUCCUAUAAUCCCGAAAAUCUAUCCACAUCCCUUGGCGCUACUGAUAAUUCUUCUCAAAUACUACACCUCCCACCAGGUCGACCAAUCCAUGUUUAUGCUUAUGGUCCCCCUGCUACGGUUUCUCCAUCUCUCAGAUCUGCAACCAGAGGACUCAUCACAACAGUCGUUAAUGGUAAUGAUCUUGUCCCUCAUCUUUCCCUCGGUCUGCUUCACGACCUUCAAGCAGUAGCUCUCGCGUUCAAGAACGACAACUCGGGAGCGAAGGGUGAGGUGAAGAGAAGGGUAUGGACGGGAAUGAGCAAUUCAUUUACUGAAAGAUGGUAUGGGCGAUCUGGACAUGGAACUGAUGAAGAAGAGGAAGAUAAGUGGCAUAUGCUGCACUUAAAGCGCUCCGAGCUUGAAUUGUUCACAGCAAAACUAGCUGUUCAGAGGAUGCAUAAACCAAUCACACCGCGAACUGCCAAUCGAACUAUAAAUAACGGUCAAGAAGCAAGAUCAUACCAUCGAGCACACCCUUAUUGGUUAAAGACAGCACGGCAGUAUAUUAAUAAGGUCCCGCUAGAUGAGAUAAAGCAAGAAUGGUUCGGUAUCAACAAUCCGCCUUUACAUGAUGCCAGUCAAUCCGAAGACUGUUUAUUUCUGGAUGUGAUGGUACCUACUACGAUUUUUGAAAAAACUUCAAAGAUUGAGACAUGCGAUGAUGAACCUAGUGCCCCUGUUCUAGUUUGGAUUGAUGGUGGUGGUUUUACUUGUGGAUACAAGCAUGCAACUAAUCCUGCAGGAUUAAUCGAGAAUUCAGUGGUAUUAAAGGAAGAGUUCGUCUAUGUUUCCAUAAAUUACAGACUUGGUCUUUACGGCUUCUUAGGUGGACCACUUCUGAAAGCCGAUGGAGAUGCGAAUGCAGUGACUGUCAUGGGGGAAUCGGCCGGAGGUGGAUCUAUACUACAUCAAAUAACUGCAUAUGGUAGAAUGAGGGGUCCCCCGCCAUUUCAACAAGCUAUUCUACAAAGUCCGGGUUUUCAGCCAAAUCCAGGAAGUUAUCAACAAGAAAGAAUCUUAAAUUACGUCUUGAAGGACGCAAGUAGCUUUUCAAAUAGAUCGAUCACAACUAUCGAUGAUUUGCGAACAGUAGAUACUCGGACAUUGGCUAAAGUCAAUUAUUUCAUCGUCGCAAAUUCUCCUUAUGGACUUCAUACAUUUGGUCCAACUGUCGAUGGAUCGUUUGUAUCCGCACUCCCUGGUCAAGUUCUAGCGGAUAAGAAUUUUCACACUUCUCUGGAAUUGAUGAUAUGGGGAAUUGACCAGGAAGGUGUUCUAUUCACUUCACCAUAUAUUUUGAACCAAGUAGAUUGUGUUGCCGACCUCAAAUGGUUGUUUCCAAGAACUCCCGAAUUGUUAAUUUAUGAUGUUUUCGCCCUUUAUCCCGAUCAACUCGAUGGGAAAUAUGGUUAUACGAGUGAAAUGAUGCGGGCGGCUUUUACUAGUGCAGAGUCCUGUUUUGCAUGCAAUACGAGAUAUCUGAAUGUUAAAGUCGGAAACAAGACAUACGUUUAUUCAUUCAAUGUACCUCCGGCACUACACGCAGACGACGUUGCUUAUACAUUUUAUAAUGGUCCGGGGAGUGUUACAUGGGAUGGAAACCCUGUAUUUGAAGGUGCGGCACUCUCUCUUAAGAUUACAUUGUGA